UGUCGUUGAUGUAGGCUGGAUUAUGAGGAUUAAUAACAUUUCUUCUGUCUAAUUUGAUGUCUGAUGUGGUGGAUUUUUUUAUGCAUUGUUGUCUAUUUAGAAGAAUGCAAUUGGACAAGCAGCUGAAGAUUUGUGAUCCACUACAUGAAAAGUUCUGAUAGAGGAAAAAAAGAUAUUAGAAAAUGAGACCUAUUGAUUUGCACAUUGUCUUCUGCAUUCUUCAUCACUGCUGCCACAGGAAAAUUUGGUUACACUGUACUUAUUCUUCAUCUGAAAAGAAGAUACUCUGCUGUGUUAAACUAUGUUUGAGAGUUUAAAAAGAAUUCACCAGCAUGAACAGAUAUAAUGUUAUCAAACAGCUUGGAGAUGGGACAUACGGCUCUGUACACUUGGGAAGAAGUCUUGAUUCUGGAGAAUUAGUUGCAAUUAAAAGGAUGAAAAGAAAGUUUUAUUCAUGGGAAGAAUGUAUGAGUUUACGAGAAGUCAAGAGCUUGAAGAAGUUAAACCAUGCCAACGUAGUCAGACUGAAAGAAGUGAUCCGAGAAAAUAAUCAUCUGUAUUUUGUGUUGGAGUACAUGAAAGAAAACCUCUAUCAACUGAUGAAAGAAAGGAAUAAACUGUUUCCAGAAUCUGCCAUUAGGAAUAUUAUGUUUCAAAUAUUACAAGGACUGGCAUUCAUCCACAAACAUGGCUUCUUUCAUCGGGACCUGAAGCCAGAAAAUCUACUUUGCAUGGGUCCUGAACUGGUGAAAAUAGCAGAUUUUGGUUUAGCCAGAGAAAUCCGCUCCCGGCCACCGUAUACAGAUUACGUCUCCACAAGAUGGUACAGAGCCCCCGAAGUUCUGCUGAGGUCCACCAGUUACAGUUCACCUAUCGAUCUCUGGGCUGUUGGUUGUAUCAUGGCAGAAAUCUACACACUGAGGCCUCUUUUUCCUGGCUCUAGUGAAGUAGACACCAUAUUUAAAAUAUGCCAAGUACUAGGAACACCAAAAAAGAAUGAUUGGAUAGAAGGUUACAGUCUUGCAGCUUCCAUGAAUUUUCGUUGGCCCCAGUGUGUUCCCAGCAACUUAAAGACAUUGAUUCCCAAUGCAAGUAAUGAAGCCAUUCAAGUAAUGAGGGAUCUGCUGCAGUGGGAUCCUAGAAAACGCCCAUCUGCUAGUCAGGCACUGAGGUAUUCAUAUUUUCAUGUUGGUCAGGCACUGGGUACACCUCACCAAAUACUAGACAAAGGAAGGCCACACAAAGGAAAACAAGAACAACAAUCAUCAGUUGACAUAAGACCUGUACCUCCUCCUCAGCCUCAAAAUCUUUCUCACCCUGCUACCAGACCUUUGAUGCCAAUCCAGCAGUUGCAACAUGCAUCGCAUCCACCAAAGUCUAAUCCUCAUCAAGAUGGGAUGGUGUCCACAGUGGAAGAGAAAAAAAUAUCUCGGCAGCCUUUGUUACCAGCAAUAAAAAAUAAAGCUGCUAAGCAGAAAGCUGCAGUUGGGACAGAAAAUUCUGUCAGUGUAGGUGACGUAAAACCAAAGGGAGCCAGAAAAAGAUGGGACCUCAUAAAAAGGGAUUCAAAAGGAUCAGAUGAGUGGGAUGACGCUGAAGAUUUGGAUUUAGGUUCUUCUUUGAAUAAAUCUAGUUUGCAUCUUAACCGAAGACGACAGAAUGAAGAAAUGCCUUGCAGGUUAGAAAGCAUUUUGGAUUUGAAGCCUUCCAGCAAUAAAGGAAUUCACCACACAGUUCCUGCUUGUAUAUCAUUCCAGAGUCGAGAAUCAGCAGCAUCUCGAGCUACUUCAGCUAAGCAACAUUACUUGAAGCAGUCAAGAUAUUUGCCAGGCAUAACUACCAAAAAUAAUGCAACUGGCAAUUCUGCCAAAGAUUUUAAUUUGAGUGGUCUAUGGACUAGUACCAGUAUACCUGUGAAAUCCUCAGGAAUAAAGGGAGAAGGCAACCUCAUUAACCAAAGUAAAGCAGGCCCUGGUGGAGUAGCAAGUACAGCAGCAACAGGUUAUGUCCCUUCUUUUCUCAAUAAAGAAAUUGGUUCAGGUGGACAGAGAAGGCAGCUGGUCCCCCGCUUGGAGCUUCAAUCUAAGUGUGCAUCAUGGAAGUCAAACAGAGCUCCAUGGGAACAGCCUGUUUUUAAUUCUUCUAAAAGCACCCCUGGACUGACCCCUCUGCCACCAACAGCUCAUACUGCUCUUGGACGAAAGUAUUGGUCAUCUAAGUACGGAGGGCACCAAUAAAAUACUGACUUGUUUGGUUGAGCCUUCUAGUUGCCACAGUCCUUGAUUUCAAAAGAAGCUUGCCUAUGAUUCAAGGCAUCUAAUUCAAAGCUCAUAUCUUGUUUUGAUGGAGUUUAAAAAUCUUUUUAGCUUUAAUUGUAUACGUGUAUUUUUAUAUUUCAUAUUUUAUAGUCAUUUUUAUUGUUCUAGAAAAUUUUUCAAAGGACUUGAGCAGUAUUUAUAUAUGCAAAUGUUAUCACGUGUUUUAAUCAUCCAUUUUGUAAUGUUUACAUUUGUGUAAAUAUAUUUUAAAAAUGC